AUGGUUUUAUCAUUCACCAAGGAAGAUGCAAAAAGAGUGAUGAUGCCUCAUGAUGAUGCAUUGGUGGUAAUUGUGACCAUGGCCAACCAUUUGCUUCACCGAAUUUUAGUAGAUAAUGGAAGCUCGGCUGACAUCCUCUAUUGGCCAGUUUUCAAGCAGAUAGGCAUUGAUUGUAGUAGGAUCACUCCAUUUGGUUCUCCCUUAGUUGGAUUUGCAGGAGAGCAAGUCCAACCUAUUGGAAUUAUCUCACUUCCUGUCACAGCAGGAACAACUCCUAGACAAUCGACUGUUAUGGUAGAUUUCUUGGUAGUCGACCGACCAUUUGCCUACAACGCAAUAAUCAGUUGGCCAGCCUUGAAUAAGUUGAAAGCAGUAACCUCAACCUACCACUUGAAGAUGAAGUUCCCGAUAGAGGAAGGUGUCGAAAAAGUCAAGGGUGACCAAACUGCAGUAAGGAAGUGUUACAUAACUUUCCCGAAGAAGCCUUUAGAGGCCACACCUUUGAUGGUGAGUACCGUGCAGAGUAGAAAUGAAGGUAAACCGAAGGGCGAGCCUGCCGAGACGUUAGAAGACGUGGUAGUAGCAAAGUGCAAAGUGGUGAAGGUCGGUUCUCAACUCUUCUUGGACAUCCGAGAAAGCCUUGUCACCUUUCUGAAAGCGAAUUUGGAGGUAUUUGCAUGGACGCACAAAGACAUGCUUGGUAUUAGCCCUGAAGAAAUACUCCACCAGCUCAACGUGGAUCCCAAUGUAAAACCAGUAAAGCAAAAGAGAAGGAAAUUCGCUCCUGAGCGAAACAUAGCGAUAGCCAAGGAAGUAGAGAAGUUGCUAAGAGCUCGGUUUAUUGAAAAAAGUACAUUAUCCUGA